UCAAAAGUCUGUGCUAAGAGAUAGAACAUUUGAAAGGUUUAGCAAAAGUGAGAGUGAUAGAGAGACAGGAACACACAUAGGCAGAGUGAGACAAAGAGAGAGAGAGAGAGCUACAACAGGAUAUUUUGUCACUAUGGUUACUGGCAGCAGAUACGGAUCUUGAUUUCUUUAUGUCAUGCUGUUCUCAUUCAGGGCAGUGUGGUUGUAGUGCUGUCAGGACAGCCCUUAUAACUGAGAUAAACUUUGCAAAAGAAGUGUCAUGUCUUUUGGAUUAAUGUCACUGCAGUAAAUCUCAAGGAAAACACAUUCCAUCUGUGAGAGUCAGAUAUCUACUUCAUGCAAAUGUCUGAAACCUACUCUUGCAAAACAAGUGACGAACUAAAUUUGCAAACUACAGCAUGGCAUUUUCAAAUGUUACUAGUUCCUAAAAUAUCAAGAUGGGUUCUACCUCUGUGCCUGUGACCUUGAUGUCCUCAUCCACCAACAAUGCCUCUAAUAAUAAUAAUAAUACCUGUGACACCCUAUAUGCCCACCGGGACUAUGCCAAAGUCCUCAUGCCUCUCUUCUAUAGCACUGUGUUCUUUGUGGGACUGCUCGGUAACUGCCUCGCCCUCCACGUCAUUCGUCCCAAUCUGAAGAAGAUGAACUCCACCACCUUAUAUUCUCUCAACCUGGUCAUUUCUGACAUCCUCUUCACCCUCUCUCUGCCUGUGAGGAUUGCCUACUAUGGUCUGGGAUUCCAUUGGCCUCUGGGUGAGGCGCUGUGCAAGAUCUCAGGCUUCAUCUUCUACAUCAACACCUAUGCAGGGGUCAAUUUCAUGACCUGCCUCAGUGUGGACCGAUUCAUCGCUGUAGUCCUGCCUCUGCGCUUUGCCCGACUCAGGAAGGUCAGCAACGUGCGCUACAUUUGUGUUGGUGUGUGGCUGCUGGUCCUGGCACAGACACUCCCCCUCCUGGGUAGUCAAAUGACCAAACUGGAAGAUGAUGGCUUCAUCACCUGUAUGGAAUACCCCAUGUUUGAGAAGUUGGACCAUGUUGCCAGUAUACUAAUUGGUGCUGUCUGCCUUGGUUAUGUCAUCCCUGUGGUGACCAUCCUUGUGUGUUACUCUGUCUUGUGCUCCAAACUCCACCUCACAGCCAAGAACAACCAUUUGACAGAAAAGUCUGGCCGGAGCCGUAAGGCCAUCGGUGUGAUCUGCUGCGUAUCCCUGGUGUUUGUCGUCUGCUACAGCCCCUAUCACAUUGACAUCCUGCAGUACAUGAUCCGCAAGCUGGUGUCGAGCCCUGAUUGCACUGAUCUCACAGCUUUUCAUGUGUCGCUGCACAUCACUGUGUGUCUGAUGAACCUCAACUCCUGUUUGGAUCCUUUUAUCUACUUCUUUGCCUGUAAGGGCUACAAGAGGAAACUUCUGAAGCUGCUGAAGCUACAGGUCAGCAUGUCCUUCUCCAGUGCAGUGAGGACGUCACCUGAAGGCUCCUCCAAGGAUUUUAUUGAUGGCAACAAGAUCCAACUCAACAGUUCUACUGUAGGUACAACCAGUGAGAGACUCACAGAAAGGAGAUUACAGUGGCAUGAGUAAAUGAGAGAACUGAGGCACCAAGAGUUACACAAGAUGAGAGGACCUUUUAUGUGUGGACAUAAUUUAAUCAAGACCAGUCAAUUAAUGUGACUCACUCAUGCCAUCAUGGACUCCAAUCAGAUACUCAGCAUCUGGAUCCAUAGAAAUUCAGCUGUUUUUGACCAGAUUACACAAGGAAAUGUCUUAACAUCAAUAUGAGCAUUUCCUGUGUUUACAUAUUUUCUCUUCUUUCUUAACAGUAGUGAAUUACUCAGGAAAGCAGACAUUAUUGCAGCUAAGGAAAGAAAGGAGGAUACUUUUUAAUAAAGCAUGCUUGUCUCCUGCUCAUAGACUGAACGCUGAUGAGGUAGAGCAUGUUGGAAGUGGACAGUCAACCUAGAGAGAGCUGAAAGAAACAUCUAUGUAAAGUAUGUGCAGAGUUAUGUUCCUAAAGAGCAGUAUAAUCACAUGAAAAAACAUUUUUGAAACUUAACAUUUGCAACUGGACAAUGAUCUCAUCCUCACAGUGUUACUUUUAUGAAAUUAUAUAUUAAUGUACAAGUAGAUAUGUUUCAGUCCAAAAUUAAAUCAGACUCACAGUCACAGCUUUUUUACCUCAAGUUUCAGUUAAGCAUACAGUUGUAAUAACUCAGGAAAAUUGACAAACUCUUUACUGCUUACCCACCGAAUUGUUUGGAAAAGCACCACAUAUUUGUCUGUUUUAACAUUCAUUUCAUCGUGAUAUUAGUGGGUGCGUUCUAUGAUGUCAUUUAAUUUAAAGGGGUCCUAUCGAGUUUUCUUGCAAGCAAAUAAAAGUUACGUUUACAUUCA